AUGAAGAGCCUGGUGGGGAUCAUGUGGAUAGUGUUGGUUCUCAUAUCAGGAUGCUCCGGAAAUCCGGAUGCGAAACGUCUCUACGAUGACCUCCUAUCAAAUUACAACAAAUUGGUGCGUCCUGUUGUCAACGUCACGGACGCACUGCAGGUUAAAAUUAAGCUCAAGCUCUCUCAGCUAAUAGACGUGAAUUUGAAGAACCAGAUAAUGACGACAAAUUUGUGGGUAGAACAGUCGUGGUUUGACUACAAGCUCAAGUGGGAUCCGGAGGAAUACGGCGGAGUCCAGAUACUGCACGUACCGUCCGACCAUAUUUGGAGACCCGAUAUAGUUUUGUAUAACAAUGCUGAUGGAAAUUUCGAAGUGACCCUGGCGACGAAAGCGACCCUCAACUACACGGGAAAGGUUGAUUGGAAGCCACCAGCUAUCUACAAGUCCUCGUGUGAAAUUGAUGUCGAGUAUUUUCCAUUCGACGAGCAGACGUGUGUCAUGAAAUUUGGCUCGUGGACCUACGACGGUUUUCAAGUCGACCUGAGACACAUUGACGAAGUAAAAGGGAGCAACGUAGUGGAUGUUGGUGUCGAUCUUUCUGAAUUUUAUACAUCCGUCGAGUGGGACAUCCUCGAAGUACCAGCAGUGAGAAACGAGAAGUAUUACACGUGCUGUGAUGAGCCUUACCUCGACAUCACAUUCAACAUAACGAUGAGAAGAAAAACCCUGUUCUACACGGUAAAUCUCAUAAUACCGUGCAUGGGGAUUUCAUUUUUAACUGUUCUCGUGUUCUACUUGCCGAGUGACAGUGGUGAGAAGGUCAGUCUUUCGAUUUCCAUUCUCCUGUCACUGACUGUGUUCUUCCUCCUCUUAGCCGAGAUCAUUCCACCCACAUCGCUGGUGGUACCACUGCUCGGUAAAUUUGUGCUGUUCACCAUGAUUCUUGACACGUUCAGUAUAUGUGUCACAGUAGUUGUCCUCAACGUCCACUUUCGUUCGCCCCAGACUCACGUAAUGGCCCCAUGGGUUCGUCGUGUAUUUAUCCACGUAUUGCCAAGAUUACUAGUAAUGCGCAGGCCGCAGUACAACAUUGACAGACGAAGUUUGGAUGGACAUCAUCCAAGCCAACGUGUCAUGGUGAGAACGUGCAAUGGACUAGAGGUGCGGGAUCCUUCGUUGUUUGUCGAGGCAUCUGCCUCGGAACUCGUCGAGUCCUCGGUGCUCUUUCCAAGUGUAGACUCCAGGGAUGAGUUGAAUUUACAUGAGUUGGAAGCUGUUAAUCUUGGUAGUGCCUGUCAAAUUCACGGCUCACCGGGACCAGCGCCAGUCCCAGCACCUCAACUGCCCACUGAGGACAGUGUUGAUGCACUUUGUAAAACUCUCAAUAAUUGGCAUCACUGCCCAGAGCUGUACAAGGCAAUCGAAGCCAUCAGGUUUAUAGCUGAUCAUACGAAACGAGAGGAAGACUCCACUAGGGUAAAAGAAGAUUGGAAAUACGUUGCCAUGGUGCUGGAUCGCCUCUUCCUCUGGAUCUUCACACUGGCGGUUGUAGUAGGUACAGCUGGUAUCAUUCUUCAAGCUCCAACCCUCUACGACGAUCGUAUUCCAAUCGACGUGAGACUCUCGGAGAUUGCCUCAACCACUGCCAAACCGCACAUCGUUACGACCCUAUGA